CACUCGCUCAAUAUUUUUUUGGAAGUUGAUAAAGUUGCUUACUUCUAUCAUUGUAAAUGUAGAAGAGGGGGUUCGAACAUAGCUUUCUUGUGGGUUAGGUUGGUAUGGGGGUGAAAAUGGGGAGAAAAUUUCUGUUUACUAUGUCUUUUCUCUGGUUUUCUUGAGAUGCAGUUUUUGUAUGAUUUUAAGGGCGUUUGGAUCUGGAAAGUGCUCUUGUAUACUUGGGACACGACCAUCCUCUUUCUAAAAUUGAAAAUUUUCAGGAACUAGUGCCAGAAUUAGUAAUGGGUUUUGCACUGUUUGUUUCGUAAUGCAAAAUUAUUUCUUUUUUCUGAGUGGCAAGUUGGUGUUGUUUCUCAAGGACUUGGGCAUGGUGGAAUUCUGAUUCACAAGGAAGAUAUAUUUGGGAGAUUUGAGAUUAAGUUGCAGUUUGAAGAUGGCGUUGGUGUCAGAGAAUUGACUUUGAGCUUCUCAGAGACUCCGCUGUAGUUGUAACCUCAUGAGGCGGAGUUGCUCUGAGGUACAUGUAGAAGUAGAAACAAGAUGAUUGAGCAGUUCAUCAAUUUCGUGAUUCGGCCUCCCAGGGCGGAGUAUAAUCCGGAGCAGUACCUAUGGGACAAGGAAUUCUCCCUUGCUGGAAGAACAUACCAAAGGCAGGAUUUGGAGCUCAAGAAUGCUAGAGGCCAUACUUUACAAUGUAGUCAUUAUCUUCCUUCUCCUUUCCCUGAAGAUACUUCUCUGCCUUGUGUAAUAUAUUGCCACGGAAACAGUGGAUGUAGGGCAGAUGCCAACGAAGCUGCUGUAAUUCUUCUUCCGUCAAAUAUUACUGUUUUUACUCUCGACUUCUCAGGAUCUGGCUUAUCUGAUGGAAACUAUGUUAGCCUUGGUUGGCAUGAAAAAGAUGAUCUCAAGAUGGUGGUGUCAUAUUUGAGAAGCAACAAACAAAUAUCACGUAUAGGUCUCUGGGGACGAUCAAUGGGUGCUGUUACUAGCCUUCUUUAUGGAGCUGAAGACCCUUCUAUUGCUGGAAUGGUAUUGGAUAGUGCCUUUUCAAACUUGUAUGAUUUGAUGAUGGAGCUUGUAGAUGUCUACAAAAUUCGGCUUCCCAAGUUCACGGUUAAAAUGGCUGUGCAAUACAUGCGGCGGGUUAUUGAGAAGAAGGCAAAGUUUGAUAUUAUGGAUCUAAAUUGUUUGCUGGUUGCACGGAAGACAUUCAUUCCUGUUUUAUUUGGACAUGGGAGUGAUGACAAAUUCAUUCAGCCCCACCAUUCUGAUCUUAUAUCUGAAUCCUAUGCGGGUGAUAAAAAUAUCAUAAAAUUUGAUGGUGACCAUAACUCUUCUAGGCCACAGUUCUUUUAUGAUUCGGUUUCUAUUUUCUUCUAUAAUGUCCUCCACCCUCCUCAAGUUUCUAGAGCUGAUAAGCUUGAGAAAUAUUAUGAUUUGGGGGAUUUGAAACUUGGUUCUGGCGUGAAUGAGAACCUAAUAUAUGAGAUACUCUCUAGUCUUCGAUCUGCAACUGCUGAUGCUGCAAGCUCAUCUUCUGCUCUUCCAACAAUUUCAACUACAAAAUCAGUUACUGAACUUCUAUCAGAAGUUGCACCAUCUGCUGAUCUGGAAUCCGUGUUUACAGAAGAAAUUGCGCAUGACAACAAUGAGCCUACAAAUGAUGUACAGGAUAAGGUAAAUGAUCAAACUGAAGAUUGUUUCUCAUGUACAAGCUCAAACAGAGAAAGUUGGGGCAGAUGUUCUUCUUUAGGAGGCAGUGAUGAAGAAUCUUGUGCAGAUUUAAGGGCUGAUAACCUCCCUCAGAAUACAUUGGAUGUAUUUGCAACACCUUUGAGAAGCAUGAAAGAGAAGUGUUCAGAGGCAAAAGAAGAUGAAAAGAAGCUCAAGAAGAACAAGAGCAAGAUCAAGAAGAAGAAAAAGAAGAAAGGCGAGACAGCUGACAAAAAGGGGAAGGGUGACAGGUUCGAGAAGCUGGAGGCUCUGAGUAGACGACUGCGGCAUUGCCUUCUAAAGGGAUCAAUCCAUCGAAGACACGAGUCCUCUUGAACAUUUGUAUCAUACUGACUGACUGACUGACAGACAGACAUUCUUCAUGUCUAAUUCUGAAGUUCUUUGAGCAUCUAUGUGAUCCUGUAUUUGUUAUAGCCACUCCUUGGAAUUUGGUUUUAUUGGUUUGUAAUUGUAGGCAGUCAGUCCUUGUUAAUAUUAAUAUUGGUUCCACUUUGGCUUUGUUCUCUCA